ACCUCUCAACAAACACACACACAAUAACCACAACAAUGGCUACUUCAAGAACACUCAUUUCCUCCAACCUCUUCAUCUUCUUCCUCGUUAUGGCUACUACUACCAAUGGUCAGGCUCCAGCUCCGACCCCUUCAGGUCCAACCAACAUAACUGCAAUCCUAGAAAAAGCUGGUCAGUUCACAAUGUUCAUAAGGCUCCUCAAAAGCACUCAAGCCUCAGACCAAAUCAACACUCAGCUCAAUUCUUCCUCGAGCAAUGGCUUAACCGUGUUUGCCCCUACCGAUAACGCCUUCAACAGCCUCAAAUCAGGAACCUUAAACUCAUUGUCCGACCAGCAAAAAGUUCAGCUUGUUCAGUUCCAUGUCCUUCCCACGCUCUUGACCAUGCCUCAGUUUCAAACCGUUAGUAACCCCUUACGCACGCAAGCUGGUGAUGGCCAAAAGGGUAAGUUUCCUCUAAACAUCACUAGCUCCGGUAACCAAGUCAACAUCACCACCGGAGUUGUGAGCGCCACCGUGGCUAACUCUGUCUACAGCGAUAAGCAGCUCGCCGUUUACCAGGUCGAUCAAGUUUUGCUGCCAUUAGCGAUGUUCGGAUCAAGCGCGGCUCCUGCUCCGGCGCCUGAGAAAGGUGGAUCAGUUUCGAAAGGUUCAGCUUCCGGUGGCGAUGAUGGUGGAGAUUCUACUGAUUCAUCAGACGCAGAGAGAAUCGGAUUCGGAUUUGGGGUCAGAAUCGCUACUGUGGCAGCCAUUGCUGCUGCUUCUUCUCUGUGGAUAUAACUCGAGAGAGAGAGAGAGUUUUUAUCGAGUCUCCAUAUUGGAAAUUUUAAGAAUAACAACGAGAGCUAUAAAUUUGUUGUACUUCGGAUUUGUGUUAUAGAUUGUGUUAUUAUGUGUUAUUGUUUUGAUUCGAAAUGAUGCAACAUUGCGAUUAAGAUUGCUCAAAACUUUUUUGAUGAAAAAGAAAGGAAAAUUUUGUUUUGGACU